AACCAUGUGCCUCAUAAUCAGUCAUCUUGUUGUACUGUGUUUUGUCUUCUGUCUCGCAGAGGAAGGAAACAAAGGUUAUGGACCUGUUUUUGAGGAACAGCCUAUUGAUACCAUCUACCCAGAAGAAUCUUCAGAUGGGCAAGUCUCAAUGAACUGCAGGGCUCGGGCAAUUCCUUUUCCUACUUACAGGUGGAAACUCAACAACUGGGACAUUGAUUUAACGAAGGAACGCUACAGUAUGGUGGGAGGCAGACUGGUAAUCAAUAAUCCAGAGAAAUCAAAGGAUGGUGGAAAAUAUGUCUGCAUAGUAUCGAAUAUCUUUGGAACUGUCAGAAGCAGUGAAGCCACUCUGAGUUUUGGAUACCUGGAUCCCUUUCCACCUGAGGAACGCUAUGAGGUUAAAGUGCGAGAAGGUGUUGGAGCAGUGCUUCUGUGUGAACCUCCUUACCAUUACCCAGAUGAUCUGAGUUAUCGCUGGCUUCUAAAUGAAUUCCCAGUAUUCAUUGCUUUGGACAAGCGGCGAUUUGUAUCACAGACGAACGGCAAUCUCUACAUUGCAAAUGUAGAAGCAUCAGAUAGGGGCAAUUAUUCAUGUUUUGUGUCAAGCCCUUCAAUAACAAAGAGCGUAUUCAGUAAAUUUAUUCCACUUAUUCCACAAUCAGACCGUGCUAAAGUAUAUCCUGCUGACAUCAAGGUGAAGUUCAAGGACACAUAUGCACUCCUGGGCCAAAAUGUGACGCUGGAGUGCUUUGCUCUUGGGAAUCCGGUUCCUGAACUGAGGUGGAGUAAAUACCUUGAACCCAUGCCAGCCACAGCUGAGAUAAGCAUGUCUGGUGCAGUUCUUAAGAUCUUCAAUAUUCAGUAUGAAGAUGAAGGACUUUAUGAAUGUGAAGCUGAAAACUAUAAAGGAAAAGAUAAACAUCAGGCAAGAGUUUAUGUACAAGCAUCUCCAGAGUGGGUGGAACAUAUCAAUGACACAGAGAAGGAUAUAGGCAGUGACCUCUACUGGCCUUGUGUAGCUACAGGCAAGCCUAUUCCGACCAUUAGGUGGUUGAAAAACGGUGCCUCAUUCCGGAAAGGUGAACUAAGAAUACAGAGUCUGACCUUCGAAGAUGCUGGCAUGUAUCAAUGUAUAGCAGAAAACACACAUGGAAUUAUUUAUGCAAAUGCUGAGCUGAAGAUUGUGGCUUCACCUCCAACUUUUGAACUGAACCCUAUGAAGAAGAAAAUCCUAGCAGCCAAAGGGGGCCGUGUAAUAAUUGAAUGCAAGCCUAAAGCUGCUCCCAAACCAAAAUUCUCAUGGAGCAAAGGAACAGAGUUGCUCGUAAAUGGGAGCCGCAUACGUAUUUGGGAUGAUGGGAGCCUGGAAAUUAUCAAUAUCACGAAGCUGGAUGAAGGUCGCUACACAUGCUUUGCAGAAAAUAACCGAGGAAAAGCUAAUAGCACUGGUACUCUGGAAAUGACAGAGGCCACAAGGAUUAUUUUAGCUCCACUGAAUGUUGAUGUCACCGUUGGAGAGAAUGCUACCAUGCAAUGUAUUGCAUCCCAUGAUCCCACUUUGGACCUCACAUUUAUCUGGUCUCUAAAUGGCUUUGUAAUAGAUUUUGAGAAAGAGCAUGAACAUUAUGAAAGGAAUGUUAUGAUUAAAUCCAACGGUGAACUGCUCAUUAAAAACGUUCAGCUGCGGCACGCUGGGAGAUACACGUGCACCGCACAGACCAUCGUUGACAAUUCUUCGGCUUCAGCUGACCUUGUUGUAAGAGGUCCUCCAGGCCCUCCUGGUGGUAUCAGAGUAGAAGAAAUUAGAGACACUGCUGUAGCACUUACCUGGAGUCGUGGAACAGACAAUCACAGCCCUAUUUCUAAGUACACUAUCCAGUCAAAAACUUUUCUAUCUGAAGAGUGGAAAGAUGCUAAAACAGAACCAUCAGAUAUUGAAGGAAAUAUGGAGUCCGCUACAGUGAUUGAUUUAAUUCCGUGGAUGGAAUAUGAGUUUCGGAUUAUAGCAACAAACACUUUGGGCAUAGGAGAACCUAGUAUGCCGUCACAGAGAAUUAGAACAGAAGGCGCUCCUCCUAAUGUGGCUCCUUCUGAUGUUGGAGGAGGGGGUGGAAGCAAUCGCGAGCUGACGAUAACGUGGAUGCCCUUAUCAAGAGAAUACCACUAUGGCAAUAACUUUGGUUACAUAGUAGCUUUCAAGCCAUUUGGUGAAAAAGAAUGGAGAAGAGUUACAGUUACUAAUCCUGAAAUUGGCCGGUAUGUGCACAAGGAUGAAUCGAUGCCACCUUCAACCCAAUACCAAGUAAAAGUGAAAGCUUUUAACAACAAGGGGGAUGGACCCUUCAGUCUCACUGCUGUCAUUUAUUCUGCGCAAGAUGCUCCAACUGAAAUACCUACAGAUGUGAGUGUAAAAGUUUUGUCAUCUUCUGAAAUCUCUGUUUCUUGGCACCAUGUUUCUGAGCAGUCUGUGGAAGGAUAUCAGAUUCGUUACUGGGCUGCUCAUGAUAAAGAAGCUGCUGCACAGCGAGUACAAGUCAGCAAUCAAGAAUAUUCAACCAAACUGGAAAACUUGAAACCUAAUACACGGUACCAUGUAGAUGUUUCUGCUUUCAACAGUGCAGGCUAUGGACCUCCCAGUAGAACCAUUGAUAUUAUCACUAGAAAAGCACCUCCAAGUCAACGUCCAAGAAUUAUCAGUUCUGUAAGAUCUGGUUCAAGAUACAUCAUCACCUGGGAUCAUGUGAAGGCAAUGUCAAAUGAGUCUGCAGUUGAAGGAUACAAAGUGUUGUAUAGACCAGAUGGACAACACGAGGGCAAGUUGUUUUCGACUGGAAAGCACACAAUAGAGCUCCCAGUCCCCAGUGAUGGUGAAUAUGUUGUUGAGGUCCGAGCACACAGUGAAGGAGGGGAUGGAGAAGUUGCUCAAAUAAAAAUUUCAG